AUGUCGAAGCCCGACAGAAUCACCCGCUUCACGGAAGCGAUGAAGACGGUCUACGGCCCGUUUGAUACACUCUCCCCCGACAAUGCAAACUCCUGGACUUUCCCCGAUGAUCCUGGCGCAGGCGGCUUCCACGGACGGUAUCUCUGGACGGACGCCUUUGGCGUAGUCAACUUCAUCACGCUGUCCAAAGAAACCGGCAACGCGGUCUAUCUCAGCCUGGCGAAACGCCUCGUCGAGACCGUCCACGACGUCCUCGGGCGUACAAGAGACGGGACCAAACGGCUCGACGGCGCGACAGACGAGGAGCCCCUCCGAGGAGGUCUGCGGAUCGGCAAGGUGGAUGCCAAGGGGAGCGACGGGGACGGUCAGUACCAUCACUACUUGACGCUGUGGAUGUUUGCGCUCAACAGGCUUUCUGUCGCGACGGGCGAGACGGGGUGGAACGAUUUGGGGAUUCAGCUGGCGCGGGCGAUCCAUGCCCGGUUCAUGGUGCAUUGUCUGUCCGGGGGGAUGAAGAUGGUGUGGAAGAUUUCGAUGGACAUGAAGAGCGUGCUGGUGCCGAGCGAGGGACAUCUCGAUGCGGCGACGGGGUACGCGGUGUACAAGUUGCUGCAGCACACUGCUGCGAGACAGGGCCAUAGGGAGCACGUCCUGCAGAAGGAGGUGGACGACUACUGGGGCCUCAUGAAGCGCAAGGGGAGCUUGUCUCCUGGAACCGACUUCUUGGACGUCGGGAUGGGGCUUUGGGCGGCGCAUCUGUGGAAGGAGGAGUCCUGGGCGGAGCGGUUCUGCGAUAGGGCGCUGCCUGUUGCCGGGGAGUUGCUGAGCACGAGGUUGACGAGAGGGAGCAGCAGCAGUGCGGAGGGGAGGCUCGCGUUCCGGGAGUUUGGAACGGUGCUGGGGGUGGGAUGCUGGGAUGUGGGCGAGAGUCUGAGGGCGAGGGCGGAGGGCUUGCUGGGGUUUUGGGAGAGGUGGUUGGAUGAGGGGGAGGGGGAGGGGGAGGAGGAGUUGAAGCCGAUUUCGAGGGUCAUGUAUGCGAGUGGGUUGAUUGUGGGAGCGUUUCGGAGGGAUUAUCUCGAGGAUGGGUGA